UUCUCGAGGAAUCCAAAUUCAUCUUCAUUUUGAGAAUUUCAUUCAACAAUAAUGGAAUGGCAAGAAAAUCAUUUCUCAAAAUCGCUGGUGAUCUCUCUUUCACGGAUUCUUCUUCACCAUUCUCAAAGCUUCUGGAUUCAUGCAUCAAGUCCAAGUUGUCACCGAAUGAUGUCCGUAGUGUCCAUGCUUCUAUCAUCAAAUCCCCUUUCUUCAACGAAGUCUAUAUACAGAAUCGUCUCAUCGAUGCCUAUGCAAAAUGUGGGUCACUCGAGGAUGGACGCAAAGUGUUCGACAAAAUGCCCGACCGAAAUGUUUACACUUGGAACUCUCUUGUGACGGCUUUGGCCAAGUUAGGCCUUUUAGAUGAAGCUGAUUCUCUGUUUAUGUCAAUGCCUGAACGGGAUCAGUGUACAUGGAACUCGAUGGUUUCGGGAUUUGCACAGCAUGAUAGGUGUGAAGAGGCUUUGAAUUAUUUUGCUCUGAUGCAUAAAGAAGGCUUUGUGCUCAAUGAAUAUACUUUCGCUAGUGGUCUCAGCGCUUGUUCGAGUUUAAACGACAUGAAUAGAGGCAUACAGAUACAUUCUUUGGUUGCGAAAUCGCCUCGUUUGUCAGAUGUUCAUAUAGGUUCUGCUCUUGUUGAUAUGUAUUCCAAAUGCGGAAAUGUAAAUGAUGCUCAGCAGGUUUUUGAUGAGAUGGGUGAUCGAAAUGUUGUAACUUGGAAUAGUUUGAUUACAUGCUACGAGCAAAAUGGUCCUGCAGCGGAAGCUCUCAAGGUUUUCCAUGUGAUGUUAAGAGCUAGUGUUGAGCCAGAUGAGAUUACACUAGCAAGUGUGAUUAGUGCAUGUGCGAGCUUGUCGGAUAUUAAAGCUGGUCAAGAGGUUCACGGCCGUGUUGCUAAAAACGAUAAGUUAAGGAACGACAUAAUUCUAAGCAAUGCUUUUGUGGAUAUGUAUGCAAAGUGCGGCAUGAUAAAAGAAGCCAGGUUCAUAUUUGAUAGCAUGCCUAUCAGAAAUGUAAUCGCAGAAACCUCAAUGAUCAGUGGGUACGCGAUGGCUGCAAGCACUAAGGCGGCUAGACUAAUGUUCACCAAGAUGACGGAGAGGAAUAUUGUUUCAUGGAAUGCACUUAUCUCUGGCUAUACGCAAAACGGGGAAAACGAAGAAGCACUUAGUCUCUUUUGUCUCUUAAAGAGGGAAUCAGUAUGCCCAACCCACUAUACCUUUGCAAAUAUCCUCAAGGCAUGUGCAGAUCUCGCAGAGUUACAUCUUGGGAUGCAGGCUCACGUGCAUGUGUUGAAGCAUGGGUUUAAGUUUCAAUCUGGUGAGGAAGCUGAUAUAUUUGUUGGCAAUUCAUUGAUAGAUAUGUAUGUAAAAUGUGGCUGUGUAGAAGAGGGUUAUCUUGUAUUUAGGAAGAUGAUGGAAAGAGAUUGCGUCUCCUGGAACGCGAUGAUUAUUGGAUUUGCACAAAAUGGUUAUGGAAAUGAGGCUCUUGAGUUGUUCAGAAAAAUGCUUGAUUCUGGAGAACAACCAGAUCACAUUACCAUGAUUGGUGUUCUUUCUGCGUGCGGACAUGCUGGAUUAGUAGACGAAGGGAAGCAUUACUUUUCUUCCAUGACCAGAGAUUUUGGUGUGACUCUUCUCAGGGAUCACUAUACCUGCAUGGUUGAUUUGCUUGGUAGAGCUGGUCUUCUCGACGAAGCAAAGAGCAUGAUUGAGGAGAUGCCAAUGCAACCAGAUUCUGUUAUAUGGGGUUCUUUGCUUGCUGCUUGUAAAGUUCAUAAAAACAUAACGUUAGGUAUAUACGCUGCAGAGAAACUUCUAGAAGUAGAGGCAUCAAAUUCAGGACCAUAUGUUCUUCUCUCUAACAUGUAUGCUGAGCGCGGACAAUGGAGUGAUGUGAUGAAUGUUCGGAAGUUGAUGACGAAAGAGGGAGUCAAAAAGCAGCCAGGUUGUAGUUGGAUAGAGAUACAAGGACAUGCUCAUGUUUUCAAGGUUAAAGAUAAAAGACAUCCUCAAAAGAAACAGAUUCACUCGCUUCUUGAUAUUCUAAGAGCAGAGAUGAGUCAGGAGCAAGAUCAUGCCGAAACAGGAUCACUCUCGUCUGAGAAAAGAGAUUAUUAAUCUAGUCU